GCGAGAGCAGGUGAUGUGGGUGCCGGCGGGGGUAUUUGCCGGCUACACCGAGCGUGGGCCGGAAGUGGAGGAACCGAGAGCGGCGCCGCAGGAGCUCCGGGCUACACCGUGGCGACGGCGGCGGCCCCUCGGCUGGAGGAGGACGAUGAGGAGCGACGGAAGCGGCGCGGGGGGACGCUUCUGCGCGGCGCCGGGUUCCGAGUCCGCGGCCGACUGCGCAGCCUGCGAGCAGGUCUAACAAUGGUCUUGGAUUCAGCUGGACAUUCUCAUUCUCAGAAGACCAUACCUGGCACCAGCCUCCCUCUGCUGUGUGGAAGGACGCGGAUAGAAAACCUGGCCUGGCAGCAUCAGGACGCUUACGGAGAGCCACAAUGGAAAAGUCCUGGAUGCUGUGGAACUUUGUUGAAAGAUGGCUAAUAGCUUUGGCUUCAUGGUCUUGGGCUCUCUGCCGUAUUUCUCUUUUACCUUUAAUAGUGACUUUCCAUCUGUAUGGAGGCAUUAUCUUACUUUUGUUAAUAUUCAUAUCAAUAGCAGGUAUUCUCUAUAAAUUCCAGGAUGUAUUGCUUUAUUUCCCAGAACAGCCAUCUUCUUCACGCCUUUAUGUUCCCAUGCCGACUGGUAUUCCACAUGAAAACAUUUUCAUCAGAACCAAAGAUGGAGUGCGUCUAAAUCUUAUUUUGAUAAGAUACACUGGAGACAAUUCGCCCUAUUCCCCAACUAUAAUUUAUUUUCAUGGGAAUGCAGGCAACAUAGGUCACAGGUUACCGAAUGCAUUGCUUAUGUUGGUUAACCUCAAAGUUAAUCUUUUACUUGUUGAUUAUCGAGGAUAUGGAAAAAGUGAAGGAGAAGCAAGUGAAGAAGGACUCUACCUAGAUUCUGAGGCUGUGCUAGACUACGUGAUGACCAGACCUGACCUUGACAAAACAAAAAUUUUUCUUUUUGGCCGUUCCUUGGGAGGGGCAGUAGCUAUUCAUUUGGCCUCUGAAAAUUCACAUAGGAUUUCAGCCAUUAUGGUGGAGAACACAUUUUUAAGCAUACCGCAUAUGGCCAGCACUUUAUUUUCAUUCUUUCCAAUGCGUUACCUUCCUUUAUGGUGCUACAAAAAUAAAUUUUUGUCCUACAGAAAAAUCUCUCAGUGCAGAAUGCCUUCUCUUUUCAUCUCUGGACUCUCUGACCAAUUAAUCCCACCAGUAAUGAUGAAGCAACUUUAUGAACUCUCCCCAUCUCGGACUAAGAGAUUAGCCAUUUUUCCUGAUGGAACUCAUAAUGAUACAUGGCAAUGCCAGGGUUACUUCACUGCCCUUGAACAGUUCAUCAAAGAAGUAAUAAAGAGUCAUUCUCCUGAAGAAAUGGCAAAAACUUCAUCUAAUGUAACAAUUAUAUAAUGUUUUUCUUUUUGAUUAAUGCAGUGUAUUUUAAUUUGUGCAGAAUUAUAAAGAAUGUUCCUUUCUAGACGUGUGUUACAUCUGUACUUGUCUGAAGAGUGACAUUAAACUUUGAAAGGACUUCAGUGCUCCUUUAAAAUGAUCCAAAUAGUUUUUUACAUUUGAAGAACUAUAAUUAUUGGGAUUUCAUACAUUUUCAU